CUAACACAUCAACCUCAACAUCAACCUCAACCCACCGAGCAACUCGAGAUGGCAGGAGAGGUUCGAUCCACGGGCUUCAACUUCUGCAAAAGGGAUGAAAUGCGUUCAUCUGUGCGCUAAAUGAACAGCCAUAUCAAUGCUGAAUACUAAAACACCUCGGUCCACCCAACACUCUUUAUGACCGUCCUGCUCAUAUCACGCGGAGCUCGUCGAAGAUCACACUCGUUUACAUCCUAAAUCUAGGGCUGUCUGAUGACUUGGUAUGACAGAGACUCAAGCUGAUUCCGAGGGCAAGCUGAGACCAUCUACACGAUGGAUUCCGUUCAAGAAACGCUGGAAGCUGUCCAGAAGGUGCUACAACCAUACACCAGGCCUCGCGAGGAAGUCGCCCAUAUCAGACGGAUCUUGACACUUCACCUCAGUUCGGGCUUGAAAGACGGAGCAUCACUAACAGAACCGUUGUCUCUCACCGAAUCAAGUGAACUACCCUCCUAUCCACAAGACAUAAGAGGUCCGUAUAGGGAAUACCUCGAAGCAUUGAGCGCGAACAUCAAAGCCCGUAAAGAAUACCAGACACUCUCACAAAAGCGCAGUCAUCACGAGGUUCCUAUCCCUAAACCAACAGAAACUCAGCCUAACUGUCUCCUCAACCAUCUUGCCAGCCUCAAAAUCCAAAAGAAGCAAGAAAAACUCCGAGUUGUGGAAAAGACUCUUGACCUCUUGAGGCAAAAGCCGGCCGCAUUACCAGACUUCCUAAACCACCAAAGAAUCUUCAGAGGUUGCAGACCUCUUCCGGAAGUUCCAACCGAGGUCGUCAACUCUCUAGCGCUGGAACAGGCGUCCGAGAACAUCACUGCGUCCAACAGUGUCCAACUCAAGGACCUAAUAGACACCCUAGAGCACCGGACUUUCCGAACAAAACUAUCGCUCAAACAGGAAGAAACCCUUCUCGAAAACGCCAAAUCCCUCCCUUUCGCCGUCCAACCGGAAGACAUCAGUCCAGAAGCAAAGCUCCAGGCACUGAACGCUACCCGUACCGAACUGAUCAACUGGAUCGAGACCGAACUAGGAAAAGCAUCAGGAGACGGAAGAGACGGAGGAGGAGGAGAAACCGCUGGACAAGAUGCCCUUCAAACCAAACGAGACCGAGAGCUCGCAGACAAAACCAACCUCCUCAACCAACAACUCGCCAGCAUCAAAGACAAGUACACCAAGUAUCUCCAUGAACGCAAAGCUCUCCUAGAGCUGAUCACCACCCAACUUCACACCCUACCAUCCCUCAACUUCCCUGCCAUCACUGCCUCCUCCUCCUUCCUCCCCACGGUGGUGGCAUCCCCUGAACGACCCUCCUCAAUACAACAAGCAGCAGCAGAGGCGUCAACCCAAGCACAAGCAGCCCCCAACAUAAUCGACCACCUCCUCACCCCAACCCUCACCCACCUCCUCGCCCUCUCCCACGAACACAAAGGUCUCAUAGCCCACAAAGCGCACAUCACUACCCUCCUCUCCAAACAGCUCAAGGAAAACGCCCAAGUGCUGGAUCACCUGGCGGAAGAAAGCCAGUUGCUGCCUGCUCAUGCCAUGGCGGCGGCAGUACAAAAGAGACAUGACCAUGACCCCAACGUCAUGAUGCCAUCGCAUCUAGUCAAACCAUGGGUAUCAGCCGCCGACUCAGCCAAGAUCGCGACGUUUGAGGUGGUGGCGGAGAAAAUCGAGGAAGGGCAGAUGGCACUGGAGGGAUCGAUUCGCAUGCUGGGGGAGGCUGAUCGGUUGUUGGGACGUGAGUCGCAGCAGCAGCAGUCGGUUGGAACGGUUAGUGGGGGAGAGGAGGAGCAGGAGGAUGAUGAUGUGGGUGAGGAAUCGGAUAUCUGGCUUGUUGAGGGGCAGAAAUCGUUGGAAGGGGCAAGGUCAACUGGUGGAUUGGGACUUGGGACAACGCAUGAUGAGGGUGGCAGAAAGGGGGAGAGGACGACUGGCCACCGUGAGGGAGCGGGGACGAGUAUAUGGGAUGUGCUGGAUGUGGAUAUCUGGUUGGAGAAAUCUGGGUAGACGUGGCCAUAAUCGUCCAAGUGGUGCUGCUGCGGAUAUUACGGAAGACAACUGGUGGGCAAAGUGAAAG